CUCGCGCCUUUCACAACUGAUCCCGUCCCGGUGAUCCGCCUUUUCUUCCCGACUUUCCGCCCAUCCACCUCAUUCACACAUCAUGGAUCAUACGCGCGAUCCCUGUCCCUGGGUUGCCCUGAGCGACUUCGGCGGUGCCUUCGCCAUGGGUGCUAUUGGCGGUGCUGUUUGGCACGGUGUUAAGGGAUUCCGCAACAGUCCGUACGGCGAGCGCCGGAUAGGUGCGCUCACAGCAAUCAAAGCACGCGCCCCCGUUCUCGGUGGUAACUUUGGCUGCUGGGGAGGUCUCUUCAGUAUUUACGACUGUUCAAUUAAGGGUAUUCGCAAGAAGGAAGAUCCCUAUAAUGCUAUCAUUGCUGGUUUCUUUACUGGUGGCUCCCUCGCUAUCCGUGGUGGUUAUAAGGCCGCCCGAAACUCUGCCAUUAUGUGUGCCGUCUUCCUCGCUGUCAUCGAGGGUGUCGGUAUUGGAUUCCAACGCAUGAUGGCCGAUAACACAAAGCUUGAGCUUCCUCCCCUUCCUCCGUCGGAACAGAAGGCCCUCGCUUGAAUUCUCUCCUCGGUCCAUAUCCUCCUUCGAUCGCCAUCAACAUAUCCUCCCUUCUACCACUGUCUUCAUAACAACAUCUUCACAUCAAGUCUCUCUUCUCAGGCGUUCGGUUGAUGUCAUUAUUCCCAAACAACAUAGCACCGAGGCUCCCGUUUUGUUUCUACUUUCCGCCCUCGCUUUUAAUGCCGCCUCCUACGGCCUGUGUCGAAGCAUUGUACAUUAAAUACGGC